AUGGCUGCUCUAAUGGUACAUGGUUUUGUCCAAAUAUGGAACCUGAAGACUGGGAUAACUGAACUAAAUGAAGCAUGCAUUGAAAUAGUGGAAAAAAGGAGGAACGUUAUGUUGGUCAUCUCUCUUGGUAAUGGAGAAUACACAGCAUUUCAGCUAAGUAAUAAUAUUAAAAACAUAGUCCUUAGACCCUAUGGAGAAGACCAAAAUUAUCUGCAUUUAACUUUCCAAACUAAUGACUUACUGUUUAUUGAAAGAUUAUCCUCCAGAGAUGCCCAAAACUUGAAGAUGUUCCUGAAUAGAUUCCAUCAAAAUCAUCUUCAACCACCCGUAAGACCUGAUAGGGAUGGGAGUAUCUUUGCCAGUACAACAAUAGAGAAGGUAGGUGAGGGGACAUCGUUUUGUAACACGUCAAGUAGUCAACCUUUUGAGAAAGAAAUAAAUGAAACACCUGAUGAUAUGAAGAUGGCUUUGUUUGCAUCAGAAUCACUAAGAUUUACCUGUGAAGGGUUAUUAGAAAAUAGAUAUGGGAAGAGGAAAAGGAAGCCAUCAUCUGGCUCAGAGCUGAAUAAGAACUUCCUGCAAGAGAAUACCUUUGUGAGAAGAAAGAAGUCAAAGAUGAACACCUUGAGAUAUGUAAGCCACAAUAAGAAAAAAUUAAGGUUAAAACGGAAUAAUAAAUUGAAACUUGGACCUUCAUUCAAGAUCGAUUCUACUGGAAACUCUUAUUACCUAGAUGUCACUGAUCUUCUCCAAAGACUGUCUGAGAAAAUAUAUUUAGCAUUUCUCUUAGGAUCAGGGUAUGGUGAAAGUGACCCAGACUGGCACAAACUCAGCAUGAUCUUUGAAUUUUACCCACAGAAACUAUGGCAGGGCCUCCCCAAUUUGGGAAACAGCUGCUAUAUGAAUUCAGUUUUACAGUCCUUAUUUUCCGUGCCAUCGUUUGCUGAUGAUUUACUCAAGCUGGGCUUCUCACGGGAUAAAAUUCCCCUUGAUGCACUUAGCAUAUGCUUGGUACGGCUGCUUGUUUUGAAAGAUACUUAUAACAUAAAAAUCAAGGAGGAGUUACUUGUGAAUAUUAAAAAAGCCAUUUCAGCAGUUGCAGAGAUAUUCUCUGACGACAUGGAGAACGAUGCGCAUGAGUUUUUAGGUCACUGUUUAGACCAGGUGAAACAAAACGUGGGAAAAUUAACCACAAUUGGGAAGACUAAAAUUGAAUCUGAGGAAGGAAAUUCACCUCAACAGGUUUCUGCUGGUAGUGCUGACACCAAGGGUCUUGUUUGCCCCGUUCGGAACAAUUUUGAUUUCGAGUUGCUGCACUCAAUUAUUUGCAAAGCCUGUGGGCACGUUGUUCGUAAGACAGAGGUCAGUGAUUCUCUCUCCGUAAAUCUUCCCCAGGGAAAACAAGCACUUCCCUUGUCUGUUCAGUGUAGUUUUGAUCUUUUCUUUGAAGGAGAAGAACUUGAGUAUAAAUGUGAAAAGUGUAACCACAGGAGUUCUAUUGCAGUGCAUAAAUUCAGUAGGCUACCCAGGGUCCUCAUUGUUCAUCUGAAACGCUAUAAAUUUAAUGAGUUUUGGUCCUUAAAGAAAGAUGACCGCACAGUCGUUAUUAACAAAUACUUAAAGUUAUCUUCCCAUUGCAAUGAAACCACCAAACCGCCGCUUCCCUUAAGCAAGAAUGCACCUCUUAGGGCUUCCCGAGUCUUUAAAGUCUUUCAAAAGAUGAAUUCUGAAACCAUCAGUUCAUUGACAGCUUCAACAAAGCAGACCUCGGAAUCCAAGGAUUCUUUGGCUCCACACAUUAGAUCAGACAAAGAGUCUGAACCACAAAAACGCCAGACUCUUCAUAAAGGUUCAAGAGGAGUACGGCAGCAAAAAGACCUGGGAAAAUAUUCUAAACUAAAUAUAAUAGAGUCCACGUUGGCAAACACAGGACAUGGAGCAGCCAUUGCAAGAGAGCUGUUAGCAGUAGGCCUAAUGAUGAAUCUGGAAGACAGCUCCCUUUCUCUGAAAGGUCUACCCACCAGCAGCAGCCCAGAUACAUGUCACAAAGUGCCUGAAAAUCCAAAACUAAAGAAAUACAAGGGAACCAAUAUGUCUGCAGAUUUUGAGAGCGUGGCCGAGACCACCGAAGAAUUUUGUAAAGAUAAAAAAAACAGAAUUGCAGAAGAAUCUUGCCAAGUGCCUCAAGACACCCAACCUUAUGAGGGGAUGAGACUCUGUGAACAAGACCUUUGGCUGGCACUGCUUCGAAGACUUCCCAAGCCAGAUACCCAGUGGUACACAGAGAAAUGCAGAAGACCUACGGAAUUAAGUUUCCAGGGAGCCAAGGUGAAUUCCCUAGGUGCGUUGGGUUCCAAUGUAGACCCUGGAAACAAGGGCUCUUCAGAUGUGGAACAGGUAGACAUACCAAAAAGAGAAGCCAAGAUGGGAGAUAGUCAUGACUAUCGGCUCAUCGGUGUUAUCAGCCAUCUUGGAAAAAGAGGGGUUUCCGGCCAUUAUAUCAGCGAUGCCUACAACUUUGAGAGGCGAGAGUGGUUGACUUACAACGAUCUGCAAGUAUCAAGUAUCCAGGAGGCCCCAAUGCAGAAGGCUAGGCUUUGCACUGGCUACAUCUUCUUUUACAUGCACAAUGAGAUCUUUGAAGAGCUGUUGGGAAGGGAAUAG